AUGGAAUUGGUCACAGAGGCAGUUAACUCUUCAGAGUGGAGCAUCUGUCAACAUCUGAAAUAUAAACAACAUAAGAAAUACUGGUGCUGUGAGCGUGUAACAGCAUUCAAUUACUGCACGAUUAUGGCAUAUGCCAACAAUACAAACAAGAAAGUGACAGUAACUGAUAACCCAGCUCAGACUCUCUUUACUGUCACUGUGAGGGAUCUACAGGAGAGAAACACUGGAGCAUAUUGGUGUGCAGUGGAGAUUUCAGGAAUAUUUCAACCAGAUGUCAAAACACAGCUAUAUAUCACUGUGAAAUCAGCUCCUGCUGUGUCUGUGACCAAGAGCAGAGUGAGUGGAGAGGAGGGGAGCAGCGUCAGUGUCCAGUGUCUCUACAGCGCUGCAUAUAAGAAAGAGGCGAAGAAGUGGUGCAGAUCUAUAGACUGGACCUGCUACACAGUGGGGAGGACCAACACAUCCCAGAAUUCAGCAGUGCAGAUCAGUGAUGAUGGGAAAGGUACCUUCACGGUGUUGAUGACUGGACUGAAGAAGACUGAUGCUGGCUGGUACUGGUGCUCCACUGGAGGUCUAGAAGUUCCUGUUCACUUUGACGUCACUGAUGCACUUGCAGGACUGAAAAAUCUUCUCACUGAUGCCAGAAUGUGACACCAAGGUCAAGUUGCUGAUUCUUUUCUCAUAGUGACAACAGUGGUGACAGUGGCA